CGGGUGCUGAGCGUGCGCCCUGAGGGCGUGCGCGCGGGCGCAGACUUGGCGGCGUGGGCUGUAUUGUACCGUGCGGUGUUGGGGGCUGCGCAGCGUCGAGCUGUGGCUGCAGGCGGGCAUGCGGAGGUUCUUGUUGCUGUACGCCACCCAGCGCGGCCAGGCGAAGGCCAUCGCGGAGGAGAUAUGUGAGCAGGCCAUGGCACACGGGUUCUCCGCUGAUCUUCACUGUAUGAGUGAGUCGGAGAAAUAUAAUCUAAAAACUGAAACAGCUCCUCUUGUUGUCGUCGUCUCUACCACGGGCACCGGAGACCCACCCGACACAGCCCGCAAGUUUGUUAAAGAAAUACAGGACAAGACACUGCCACCUGAUGUCUUUGCACACCUGCGGUAUGGAUUACUGGGGCUGGGCGAUUCAGAAUACACGUUCUUCUGCAAUGGGGGGAAAGUGAUUGACAAACGCCUUCAGGAGCUGGGAGCCCAGCACUUCUAUGACACCGGACACGCCGAUGACUGCGUGGGUUUAGAGCUCGUGGUUGAGCCGUGGAUCGCCGGGCUCUGGGCCGCCCUCACCAAGCACUUUGGGUCCAGCAGAGGACGAGAGGAGAUGAGUGGAGCUCUCCCAGAGGCCCCGAGUGCCUCCUUAAGGACAGAGCCGGUGCAGCCAGAGCUGUUACACAUCGAAUCUCAGGUCCGGCAUCUGAGAUUAGAUGACUCAAGAGGAAGGGACUCGGAGGGUUCGAAACAGAACGCAGUCAGCAGCGCUCAGUCCGGUGCUUUGAUUGAAGGCUUGGAAGCUACGCUCACCCGUUCUGUGCCCCCGCUCUCUCAAGCCUCCCUCAAUAUUCCUGCUUCGCCCCCGGAAUACCUGCAGGUGCAUCUGCUGGAGUCUGCCGGCAAGGAGGAGAGCCAGUCGUCUGUGCCUUCAGCGGAUCCAGUUUUUCGAGUUCCGAUUUCAAAGGCCGUUCAACUCACGAGGAACGAUGCGGUGAAGACCACUCUGCUGCUAGAAUUGGACAUCUCCAAAACAAAUUUUUCUUAUCAGCCUGGAGAUGCCUUCAAUGUGGUCUGUCCCAACAAUGGUCCUGAGGUGCAGAACCUGCUGGAAAGACUGGAGCUCGCAGACAAAAGAGAGCACCGUGUGCUCUUGAGCCUUAAGGCAGACACCAAGAAGAAAGGAGCUGCCUUGCCCCCGCACGUCCCCGAGAGCCGCUCACUCCAGUUCAUUUUCACCUGGUGCCUUGAAAUACGAGCAGUUCCUAAAAAGGCGUUUCUGCGAGCCCUCGUGGACUGCACCAGCGACGGUGCUGAGAAGCGCAGGCUACAGGAGCUGUGCAGCAAACAGGGAGCGGCCGAUUACAACCGCUUCGUCCGAGACGCCAGCGCCUGCCUCCUGGACCUCCUCGUCGCCUUCCCGUCCUGCCGGCCGCCGCUCGGCCUCGUGCUCGAACAUCUUCCUAAACUACAGCCCAGACCAUAUUCAUGUGCAAGCUCCAGUCUGUCUCACCCAGGGAAGCUGCACUUUGUCUUCAACGUUGUGGAGUUUGUGUCCAGCGCCACGACCGUGGUCUUGCGGAAGGGCUUAUGCACCGGCUGGUUAGCUGCGGCGGUCGCCUCAUUUCUUCAGCCAAACACCCAAGACGCACGUGCAGACGGCGGGCAGGGCCUGGCCCCUCAGGUACGCAUCUCUCCUCGGACAGCAAAUUCUUUCCACUUACCCAGUGACCCGUCCACCCCCAUCAUCAUGGUGGGCCCAGGCACCGGCGUAGCGCCCUUCAUUGGCUUCCUGCAGCACAGAGCGAAGCUCCAGGAGCAGCACCCGGGGGGAGACUUUGGAGCAACGUGGCUGUUUUUUGGCUGCAGACAUCAGGAGCGGGAUUAUCUGUUCAGGGCAGAGCUCCAGCAUUUCCUGAAGCAGGGCGUCUUGACUCAACUAAAGGUUUCCUUCUCAAGAGGCGCUCGUGUCGGGGAGGAGGAAGCCCCAGCAAAGUAUGUGCAGGACAACCUCCGGCUUCACCGCCAGCAGGUGGCGAGGAUCCUCCUCCGUGAGGGCGGCUGUAUUUACGUGUGUGGAGAUGCUAAGAACAUGGCCAAGGAUGUCAAUGAUGCCCUUGUGGACAUAAUAAGCAAAGAGGUUGGCGUUGACAAACUAGAAGCAAUGAAAACACUGGCUACUUUAAAAGAAGAAAAACGGUACCUUCAGGAUAUUUGGUCAUAAAACCAGAAAUUAAAGGAAGAGAGUUAAGUGUUUUUGGCUAAAAAUACUAGAAGACAGUUCCACCAAAGCGUCCCUUGUGCAGCAGAACUUCUGGAUUCGAUUUUCACGGCCCCCACCCUCCCCAUGUGCACUGCCAUCGGUACCCCCGGGGACCUUCCAGAACCUGCCAGAGACCUGAACCCACCACAGUGUCUGCAGGUGCGAAGGCUGCCUGGCAUGGGGAGGGGGCAUUGUUCAGACUGACUAGGUGACUGUGCACUUAAGUUGCCUAUACUUUUCAAUAAUGUAACAAGAACUUACAUCAUUUUGUGUGUCCGGUACCUACAAAGAAUAUUCAUAUUAAGGUGUUUAAGUAUACAUGUAGAACAUAUCUGUUACAUGUUUAUAACUAUCAAAUAUUUAUUACCAAAGCUAUAUUUUUAUUAAAAAGGUAUUCUAAGAUAAUUUUUAAGAUAAUGCUCUAUAAUGAGAUUUUAUUUUUAAUGGUGCUAUAAAUGUGAAAUAUAUUUUGCAAUUUCAUUCUGGUACAUGAUUUAGCACAAUUCAUUCUUUUUAAUGUCACAAUUUCAGAAUUUAAAGAUAUUUGCCUUUAGUUUAUAAAUGCCAGCAUGUGCACAUUUUAGUAAAAUGAAAUCUUUUUCUCUCUUCGUUCCUCACCGAGUCCUUUCAUUCCUGUUCUUGGUGUGUUUUUGGGUUUUCCCACGUAAUUUCUUUUACUUCCAUGCUGUCACUCAAACUGUAUUCUGGAUUUAGAAUGCAGACUUCAAUUAGUAGUGCAUUUUAGAGUCCCAGUGUCAGAUUCUCUCAAAAUUUGUCAAAACAGGAAGAAAAAAAGGACUGUAAUAACUUUUGUUUUAGACUCUAGUAUGUAGUAUCUCUCAUUUACUAUCUUGGCAUUUGAAAACAAAUCUCUUAUGUGUCAAAGGCUUCUGGUUAUUUUGAGAAAUAAAGAUCUGAAAAAAUACAGCAUAA